AUGGAGGUGGAUGCCCGGCCCUGGAUGUCCUCUGGUGUGGGGGAUAUCGGGGCUUGUCUUGAGGUGUCUAUGAGUGACAUGGAGGGUGUGUGCAGAGGAGGAGGAGGAGUACGAACUGUAGCCGGGGGUAGACUCCCGCUUGGGGCCCUCCCGCGGCACAGUGGAUCUGCCCCCGCUAUGGCCCGUGGAUGUGUUUGGCUUUGGCUGGGCUGGGCUGGGCUGGGCUGGGCUGGGUCUGGAUACAGGGCACGGCAGAGCAAAGACAUGGGCACCAACAGAGGAGAGCUUACCAGAACAACAAGCAGAAAGAAAUCGAUAUCCGAGGAUUCGAGUCUUCCGGUUUGA